AUGACGCUUUUACUUAAUUAUUGUCGAAUUUUACUGACCAUUAAAGUGAGUUGACUGGUUUUCUUUUGGAUUAUUUGAGUACAAAAAAACUAUGGUACAGUUUUCUGAUUUUAAACUUCGUCUAUUUGAAUUCAAGAUUGUGUCAGGGCUGAAAAUAUUUGGGAAAAGUUAGUAAGUAGCAAAAUACUGUUUAGGUAUAAGAGUAUUUGUGAUAUAAAAUAUCUGAAAAAUUUUUUAAUCCUAUGUUUUGAUAUGUCUUUAUUAUUGAAAAUUUUCAAAUCAUGGAUCACAUCAAAAAAUCAAGACAAUAUACCAAAUAAUUUUUGAAAUUCUCUGAAAAUAUAAUUUUUGCAGUACGUGACACCAAACUGUCAAACACAAUGCACAAAUUGCCUACCAACUCAACAACAAACCUAUCAGUAUGUGUUGCCGACAUAUCUUACAGCUUCUAACCGGUAUUCAACCCUUAAGUUGCUAAUAAAAAUAUUAAAUGUGUUUACUACUAACCUCUCCGAAGCCGGUUUUUUUUGUGUUGUUGAACUUUACAUAUGUAUGUCAUAAUUCACAAUUUUACAGAGCAGCACCAGUAGUGACAACACAAUGUUGCUUACCAGCAGGCACAAAUGUGCAAACAAUUCAAUCGGCACGAGCUUUUACUACGGGAGGCAAUCAACCAAGUCAAGUUGUCAUGUAUUAUAACGGGCAAAGUAUGCUAUUAAAGUUCUUUUGGUUGAUGAUUAGAUUUCUUGCAAAAAAAUUAUAGUUGUCAACCAUCCUAAAAAAUUUUUUGGAAACUAGAUUCCUCCUACUUUUCAAAAAAUGCAUAUGUUUUUUAUUCAGGAAUCGUAUCCAAUGGUCAACCACAGCAAAUAUCAGGUUUCACAGGAACACAGGUGCGUGCUCAUAAAAUUUAAUGAUUUUCCGAAAUUUUAUGAAUGUAUUUUUUAUUUAGGGUAACUAUCAAAAUCCUGGAGCUUCUCCAGUUGCUGGAACUGUCUUCUCCAAUAAUAACAAUUACGAAAAUCAAAAUCAAAACUCAUUUUCAUCCACUUCUCAACCAAUCAAUUUGAAUGGAGGAGUUAUGGAAAAUCAGAACCAGAAUCAGGGAGAGUACCAGGGCCAAAAUCAAGGUCAAAAUCAACAAGGCCCAGUUGUUGGAAACUCUGGAAUUUCCACUCUUGCUCCUUCUACUGGAGAAGUUGGGUAUCAACAAUUUGUGCCUUCUGGUAAUCAACAAUAUAACAAUGGCCGUAUGUUGAAAACACUGCGGUAGAUUUUAGAAAUGAAAUAAUUAACUUUGCAGAACCUAGUGAUUCCUAUAACACCGGUGCCAGUGGUUAUGAUAACUCCCAACAACAACAGCAACAACGUGAGUUGUUUUUCAGUGAUGGAAAAUGUUUUUACUAAAUGCUGAUUUUUUUCAAAACUCAGAAUCAGAUAAGAACUGCAAUUUUAGAAAUUUUAUAGAAAAUAAGUCGAAAGAGGUUGUUUGUCUUAGAUAGUUCGAUUUGUCAGUAAAAUCCCAGAACAUUAUGAUUUUUUAGAAACCAACGACCCAUACAAUAACGGAGGUUCAAACUACAAUCAACAAACUCAAACUCAACGUAUGCAUACUUUUCAUUCCAAUUUUUUUUUUGAAAAUUAACUAAUUUUAUUUUUCAGAACCCUAUGUCGUUGGAGGCAACACUAACACUCAAAACCAAAAUCAACAAAAUCAGCGUAAGAAUUUCUCAUUGUUCCUACAUAGAUUGAAAUAUUAUAAUAAUUAUUUCAGAAACCAAUGAUCCUUAUAACAAUGGUGGUUCUACUUCAAAUAACAACAAUCAGCAACGUGAGAUUUUUUUUGUUGGAAAAAUCAAUAAUUUUUAAUUUUUGUAGAAACCAAUGAUCCUUACAAUAAUCAAAAUACACAACAACAACAAGGCCAACAACAAGAUCAAGGAAAUGUUAUUUACCCAUCUGGUGGAAUUGCAGGAAUCUCAUCAACCUACAAUUCACCUAGUUCGGGAUACAGUAAUCAACCGCAAACUUAUCCAACACAAACAGUGAACGGCGGUGCAAUUCCAAAUCAAAACGUUGGACACGCUCAACAAAAUCAGAACCAAAAUAUUGGACAAGCUCAGCAGAAUCAAAAUCAAAAUCAAAAUCAAGGUUCAGAAAUUGAUUAUUUACCUUUCCGCGAUGAGAAUGCUACAAGUUCCACCCAAUCCGGUUAUGUUGAUAUACCUCUUAACAAUCAAACUUCCACCCAAAUGCCUGUUAUUUAUCCCAACCAAAAUUCUGUAACACAAGGUUCCUCAUUCAUUCCUCCUGAAAAUGUCUUCUUUUACUAUGAAUAAUUUUUACAGGUUUCCAAUACUCGACUCAAAGCCCGAACUCAAAUGUAUAUUCGGUUGGUGGAGGAGUUCAAGGAUCUAACCAAGGACAAGGUCAACAGUAUGAUCAAACGGUAAGACUUCAUAAUACCAAUUCAAAAUUGAUGUUGUGACGUGUUUAGACCAAUCAAGUCACUCCUCAAUAUCCAAGUCAAAGUCAAUAUCUCAACAACGACACGCAAGCAGCAGUUGGAAGUGGAGUAUACGUUAACAAUGCUGGUCUCAGCACACCACAACCUCAGUACCCAUCACAACAGAACUAUGUUACUGCCGGUGGGGAAGGCAUGGCUGGACAAAAUGUGUAUAGCAACAAUCAGGAAUCAUCAGUGACACCCCAAUAUCCAUCUCAACAACAAUAUAUGUCAACUGGUAAUGAAGGUUUGGUGGGAGGUUUCCAAGGAUCGUCCUCUACAACACCAUCAUCAAUGCAAAAUCAAGGAUCUGGAACGACUGUCCAAGCGCAAUAUCCAUCGCAACAAGAAAUGAAUCAAAAUCAAAACCAAAUUCAAAGCUCAACCCAGUCAAGUGGAAACUUCAAUCAAGGAUCAACAACACAGCAAGGAUUCAACCAAAACCAGGAUCAGAAUCAAUUCCAGAGCUCCACACAAUAUCCAUCGCAACAAGAAUUCACUCAAAAUCAGAACCAAAACCAAAAUCAAUUCCAAAGUUCAACCCCAUCCUUCCAAGGAUCCUCAUCAACUGUUCAAGCACAAUAUCCAUCUCAACAGGAAUUUACUCAAAGCUCCACCCAAUCCACAUUCCAAGAUCAAAAUCAAAACCAACAUCAAGGAGCUUCAUCUACUGUUCAAGCACAAUAUCCAUCACAACAGGAAUUGAGCCAGAGCUCCACCCAAUCUUCUCUUCAAAACCAAAAUCAAAACAUGAAUCAGGGCUCAACAGUCCAAGCUCAAUACCCAUCUCAACAAGAAUUGAGCCAAAACCAAGAACAGAAUCAAGGAUCCACUACAACAUCACAACAAAACAUGAACCAAGCUGGAUUUAUCUCUGGUAGCAGCACACAGCCAACAACUACAGUAACUGCUGCAUAUCCAAGUCAAACUGAUUUGAUGAGAGAUCAACAAAAUCAAGACAAUACUUAUCAAAGUUAUCAAACAGGAAAUACUGAUGGAUACGGUAGCGGUAGUGAUAAUGUAUAAUUUUCUAUUUUAUUUUUGUCGAUCUACAUACAAAUAAAUAUUUUUCAGGCCGGUGGAUUUACUCCAGUAUACGGUGAUAUGAAUAUGGAAUAUGGUCAUUAUUCAUCAACCACACAAUCAUCUGCCGGAAAUAGUCCGCAAUUCGAUCAACCACAAAAUUCACUCAGAAAAACUACUGUAUUUCUUUCCUUCUUACUGGUUCUAUUAUUUUAA